GACAGUGAGAAAGGGACCAGAGCGACUGGAGACUCUGUGCAGAGAAGCUGCGUGUAUUAGCGUGAAAAUAUACAGCUUUUUUUUUCCUUUUCAUUCGUACUGGAUUUCUUGACAAACAACAUGACCUUUGAAGAGCUGAAUGGAGAUUAUAGUUCUGUCGAAAGGAUGGAUUCAGUCUCCAAAGCCCUCGAGGAAGUCCUCGCUUCUGCCUUACGCCAAGGUCGGGUUACAGUCGGAGUUUAUGAAUCUGCGAAGGCACUGAAUGUAGACCCGGAUAAUGUGGUGCUGUGCGUCCUGGCCACAGACGACGAGGACGUGAAGGAUGUGGCCUUGCAGAUCCACUUUACUCUCAUCCAGGCCUUCUGCUGCGAGAAUGACAUCAACAUACUGCGUGUGAACAACACCAGGCGCCUCGCCAAGAUCUUGGGAGGACCCGAGAAACAAGGAGGCGAGCAAAUGGACCUGCAUUGCAUCCUAGUCACCAGCCCACGUGCAUCUUCACGGAAGAACCAGGCAUUGUGGAAAGUACAUCGCUUCUGUCACGAGAGCCGCUGCAUGGACCAGUGGGUCCCCGUGAUCAACCUCCCUGAACGAUGAG